UCAAAGGCACACAAAUUUGCAAAUGUCACAACAAUCACCGUUUUUUAGUGCAGCGCGUGAAAAAACCUGAUAUUUUACUCGUAAAAUGCUCCGAAACGCACCGCUUUCGGCGGUGCUCAACGAGGAAGUGGCCCUAGAAGGCCUGGAGGGUACAACUCUCGACUAUUUAUGGAACCGCCUGGGGACUCGGCUGAAAAUCAAGUUGCCGCUUCCGGAGAAAUUCUGCCACAAUGUGUGGUCACUGAUUCUGAUAAACAGCGAGUACAUGUUCUACCAGCUUCCGGAACCGCGAAAGGGCUUCGUUUUCUUCGAACGUUUGGAGCACGUCGAUCCGGCCACAGGCGUGUUGAAGGAGCCCAAGGAUUUUCCCGGCCACCGGUUUAAAUACAGUCCGAUUACGGCCAGUGGCAUUAGAGGUUCUUGUGAACAUUACGACACUCGGCAGGUGAUUGCCCGGGAGGAACUGGCCGCAAUGACCUAUCAGCAAGUCGAGGCUAGAUGGCCCAACAAAUUUGCAAUCGUGGCGUCGCAAAAAAUGCGGGAAUCGUUUAUCAUCGAACCGAAUUUCACCGCCGAGUUGACCAUAAUCCAGUACUGCAUGCUAGAGUGGAUUGCCCGCUCCCGUUUCAAUGGGGAAACCUCUCAGGGCAAAUAUUCUUUGGUUGAGUUGACGAAGGACUCCAGCAUUCUGUACUACAACAGGAAAUUUCUAACCGACUGCAAACUCAUCACACGCCAAGCCCUCUGCCAGAGGACAGGUGAGACCAGUAUUCAGGGCAUGGUUUUCCAUCUUCCUCGAUACUAUUGCGAGAUGAAACCGAAAGGACUGCUGAUCACCGAGAAGGUGGUUAAUAUCCUGAAGACUCGCCCAAACUACAUGGCCGAUUAUGACGAGAUUAAGCUGAUGGUUUUGGGACGAGCUGAGGCGCGUAAGUGGUUCCGAGGUAAUGAGUUCACGAAGUACGUCAGAACCGAUGAGACAGUUACGUAUCGUACGCUCUAUCCGGAAGCGGAACGUCGCGAGUACAUGCUGAAGAACAAGAAGAAUGAAGAGAAGCAGGUUCGCAUUAUGAGGCUCAUUGAUCCGGAUGCCGAUGUGUACGAUCUCUGGUACAAGGACGAGCAGCCCGAGGAGGACCAGAAGGAUGGAUUCCUGGACUCGCAGAAGGCGUACAUCGAUAUGCCGGUGUUGCAGCAGGCGUACAAUGUUAUUGCCAGCUCGGGUGAACAGGGCAUCUCACAAUCGGCACUGGCAACACAGCUGGGGCUAGAUCGGCUGAAUGCCCGCGCGCUGGUGAAAAAUUUGAUGCGAAUCAAGGCGAUCGAUGGAAGCUCCGUGGACGAGGGACGGCAACGGACAACAAAGUACUUCCUUCCGGGCAUGACCCAACGAACCAUUUCGCUCGACAAGGAAAUGAUUCAACUAAUGAGCAGCCACCACUCGGUCUCUGUGAGUGGCGUCCAAGACCAGAAGCCCGAUGUAUCGGCACUGCAGCACCAGGAGCAAAAGCCACAGCCGCAGCAACAAAUACCUUCCGCAUCACUUCCGCUGAAUCCAAUGGCAUCCACUUCCGGCAUUUCCAAUAUGAGCGAAUCGAGUAAUUUCAGCAUAUCGUUGGAUGAUGAUGACAACGACGAGGAGGAUGAGCACUACAAGAUAAAUCUGAACCUGUACGCGUCGGCCAACACAACGGUGAUCGAUUCGAUCGACGUUCAGCUCAACAUAUGCAACGAGAUAAACGGGGUGAAGGUACCGGGAGGUAUUUCGGCCAUGAUGAACUCGAAGCACAUUAGUGCGAAGGUGCUCAAGCGGUGCAAUAUGAUACUGGAGCUGGUGAAGAAGUUCCACGUGAUCGAGCCCAGGGAGGUGCUGAAGCAGAUCGCGCGGUUCGAAAGGGAGUCCGGUUAUAAGGCGGAGGCUUGCCAGAAGUCGGUUCAGAGGUUGAUUGCCAAGCUGGCUACGGAUAACUAUUUGAAGAUUGCGAAUGUUCGGCUGGCCAAGGAUGACAAGGUGUCCAAUGUGGUGUACGCGUGUGAUUUGACUGUGGACGACAGCAGUCCCAUUUUGAAGGGGAAGAUUGAAGCGGCCAAGGCAAGGAUGAUGAUGUCGGUCAUAGGGCAGCAAACUGUGAAGAAGGUGCCGAAUGAGGUUGAGACCGUGACGGCGAUUGUCGGAACGAGUUACGAGGGAACACUGGCCAAGUGCUUGAGAAUGAAGUUGUUCCACGAGUUCAUGUUCUAUUUGAUUUACCAAUUCUCGCCGGAUGCAAUUCCGCUGCCGGGUGAGGAUCUGAGGUCGCUGGAUUUGAGCUGCGUCGAGGAGGAGAUCGGCCCUAUCUACAGUGUGGAAGGGUGGAAGUUGUUCGUUCCACCGCUGAAUGUGUACGAGAGCUACGGGCAAGGUUGGGCGUUGUUGACGGACAUCACUCUCCGGCUGCCAUUGUCCGUGUUCUGUCAGAUCUGUACGUUUGGAUUCUAUACGAAGGAUCUCGACUAUUGGUUGGAUCAUCCCAUUCGGCAGCAUAUGCUGGUUAAACAGCUACCGAAAGCGGUUCGGUUGCAGUUGUUCCGCCAGAGGAAGUAUAUUUUCAACAUUUUCGAGAUGUGUCAGAAGCUGUGUCAUGCCGGAUUGAUCCAGUUUGGUCCACAGCGAAUGAAAGAUCGGGAUCAAACAUUUAUCUACCUCAACCGACACACAGCACUAUUGGAUACCAGGGACUCUGCCGUCGGUUACCACGAGAUCGAGGAGAAGGAGUACUCCAUGAAGUCGUUCACGUUCGCUAACUUGGAUGAUGUGCAAAACUAUUGGGAGACGUUGUACAAAAUUGCUGUGAACACUCCACUGAAUCGAAGAAGCGUCGCCUUCGGGAAGGAGAUUAUGGUUCAGCAGUUGCAUGUCAAGCCUGAAAUCAUAGAAGCUUGUAAGCCUCGUACGCCAGAACAGGCGUUUGUGAAUGAUGUGUUUAAACUACCGCCUGGGGAUAAUCGGGGAGCUGCUGGAAUGGAUACGGCCAUGUUCGUUCACUUGAAAUCCAACUGGAGCAAGAUAAUGAAUUACGCCCCGGCAGUGAAGAGCCAGCAGGCGAAACUGAAACGGCUGAAGACACUGAAAAAGAUAGCGACCCUGCACAAACCUGGCGCCUCCUCAACGCCGAGCCGAGGCGCAAACCCUAAGAAAAUGUCCACUCUGAAAGAGAAGAAACUUUGCUUGAAGGCUAAACUUUCGGUGAAACCGUUUGCCUCGACCUACAAACGGUACGAUCGGAAACCGACCAUCCAUGUUCGCCGCAUCGAAAAGCGGCCGUCGGGCAAAAGGAUGCGGAAUCUGUACGACGAAGUUGAUCGCCGGGCGCUGAAGUUGAUGAGCAAACUCCGGGUGGACUGGAGUCGUAACGAGGAUACCGUACUGCUGAUCUGUAGAAUCGCUAUGAAAUAUCUGUUUAACGAUACCACCAAAGCAAACACUAUAAUCAAUUCAAUUCUUUAUCGGGACAUUCUCCACUGGACCAUUCCGGCGUCGGCUAACAAAACUGCCCGGGCCUGCCAGCGACGUAUCAGCUAUAUGGUGAAGCACAAAAGUGGAGUGGCCGCCAAUAUUAAGCUCUGUGUCGAGGAAGCUCGUCUCAAUCCGGUGUUGGAGGCGCGGUUUGGGAAGAAUUUUGUGAAUCAAUUGAAGAACAUCUAUACCACAGUCGAUAGUUUCACCAUGGCACUCAAGAUUCACUUCAUAGAAUUGGUAUACAUGCUUAGAACUACCCUGACUAAGCUGAAGAUGAAUGAGGGCGUCCGGCCGAUUGAAGGUCAGAACGAUGGCAGAUCACGCCCGGUAAGUCAGUUCAUUCCGGAUACAAUCGCUGAUUUUGAGCAGCGCUAUGACAUCCGGCAGGCACAAGACACACAGGAAAAACUGAACUUCAGCGUGAACCCAACGACCCAAGAAGACAUAAUCGUCCACAAAUUGGCCACAUUGAUUCACGGAACGGUGUCAAACGCUCGAGCUAAAACUUCGUUCAGCGUACAGCUCUUCAACAUCUAUAAGAACUAUUCCGAAAAGCAUUUGUCCAUGGCGAUGAAGAUGAUUCGCAACUACCGAUUGAUUUCACUGUCCAAAAAGCUUAAAUCAAAUAUCAGCAUCCAAAGAAGCAUCGUGCCGUCAUCCUCUGGAGAUAACCCUUAUCACAUUUCCAUAACGUAUCUCAAUCAAAUUUCAACCAGAAUUCCAUUGGAAAUGUUUACCUUUGUGUACAAUCACUACAUCCAACUGCUGGAUCGUCUGGACUACGAUGAACCUGUGACGUUUGAAGACGGCAGUCAAGGCCUCGUAUUACUCCUCGGCGAACUAGCCACCACAAACGCCAUCGAGUUGGAACUGGAAUCGCCCACCGAGUUCAUCAGUAUGCAUCCGGAUCUGCGAAAUACAGACCCGGAGCUGGCCCAACAAGGUGAUUUACAGAACAACGAAUUCCCAGAGUUUGCACAACCUGCGCAGGUCACUACAGUAGGCCCGGCCAAGGAAAUCAAGAACGAACCGCGAUCGGUCGCCAAAGUCCGUUUCGAGUCAACCAGUGAUGUCUACUUCAACUACGUUAUGCAUCCGAUCGAGAAGCUCACCAAAAUUCCCACGGAAUACUUACACUUCUUCUGCAUUCUGGACAGCCUCAACGGAGGCGCCCUACUGCGGGCCAUCAAGAUCGACGAGACGUCCAACAUUUGCUCGACGCCCGACUGCUUGCUUCAAAGCAACGACCGGAACAUUAUCCAGAAGUGCGUCUCGGUUGCCCUGAAAAACAAGGACAUCAUCGAACGCGUCAAAGGAAUCCGACCGUCUCGCGUUUGCAUGACUCCUCUGUUGGUAAUCAGCGAGGACAACCUGGCGCAAUAUUUCACCCGAACGGUCAAGGAGUACACCAAAACGCAGCGGGACUUCCAGAAACGGGAUCUCGGUCGGUUGCCGGAUGGGAUCAAGUCUCCGAUUAACAUGGUAGAUCUGGCGUACGACAUUGUGCAGUUCCAGAAGGUCCAGGACUUCAACUGGUUGGAUCGUUACGAAAUCACGCACAUCGAGGAUGACAAUGGAUUGCUGAUGGACCCGGAAAACGAAAAAGCCGGUACCGAUGAUCUAACCGAGAAGGUCCACAAGCUGCACAACUUCUACGUCGUCAACUAUCUAAAAAUAAGCCUUCGACUUCUCUACCGGCAUCCCAGCGAUCUGAACUACCGGCUCAAACUGGAAAACCGAUCGAUACCGGCUGUUUUCCUACCGACGUCAUUCGGCACUCGGCAGAACCUGCUAACGAAAAUCUCUAACGACACUUUGUGGCCCAACAUCGACGAGCUACGGCCACUGCUGGAAGAGGCCACACCACUAAUCCACCAGAACCAGCGGCUCUGGUCGGUGGCCCACUUUAUCGAAGGCAAGGCCGAGCAGGGAGCUACCGUCCAGGAGCUGGGCGCCCACUUCCGCAACAACCACGCCGAGCUAGCCCAGGAUCUUCAGGUACUGCUCAACUUCAAGUUCAUCCUGCGAACCGGCAUCCGGCACAUUACCUACGUUCACUGGCAGCACGUUGCGCCGUGGUUGCUGCGGACCACCUGUAUCCUGAGCGCCGACCCAAACAGCGAUUCGGUUACCACCGAUGGGGUGCGUAUCAAACAGGAACCGGGCACUUCGCAUCCGAAAAGAGCCGAACCGGAUGACAGUUUGCGGCUGUCGUCCGACGACGAAGAGGACGACGUAACGAUAGAGGAGGUGAACAACGAAGAAAUGGGACCGCCGCCGAAAACGCGGCGCGAUGAAUUCAACCGGAGGGUGGCCGUCAUCGAGGAGAGGAAUCGAUUCAAACCAAAGAAGACCUUAUCUCUCUCAUUGACACCGUGGAUAAAGAUCGACGGUGCGAUCAACCGCAGACUGCUGUACCGGUGGAUGACCGCUGUUUUACUCUAUUGCCUGUCCCACCCGGGGGUGCAACUGACGUUCAUCUAUUCCCGGUUCAACAUGAUGGCCCCGGUACAUCUGUACUAUUUGCUGGAGAUGUUGCAAGACUUUGGAUGUUUGAAAAUGUACUCGAUGGAAGUGCGACAAAAGAAAUCCAUUUUCUCCACCUAUCGACCGGUGAAAGUUGCGACGGCAACCGAGUUCGACCACGACGAGUACACCUACGUCGAAACGACUGCAAACGCCCUAAGCACUCUGACCACCCUCAUCGGAGACUACCGGAAGUUCCAGGAUGACUUCCUAUCGCCUCCCAAAUCCAACGAACAACCGGAGGUGGAACAAUCUGAUGGGUAAGGGCAAUAGACUGAUUGGACCAGGAGGGGCGUGUCAUCGGCAUCUCUCACACCAAGCUAAUGUAAGUAAACGGUACAUUCACUAUUUAAAUCGCAUUUAAGUAAAGGAUUCUUUUUACACGAUCCAAUUCUAAAAACGACACACAUGAUUUGCUGUCCGAGCGAGGUCUUCGCUAGAAUAAACUUAUGACUACUCAUUCAUAUAGUGUAAAAAGGA